AUGAAAGUGUGUUGUGGCGGUGGUGUCGAAAUAGAUGGAUCGAAAUUCGUUGGUAAGUUACAUUCACCUUCUUUGGUGCAUUUAUAAUGAACUCUUCUAACGACUCAUUUUAAGAUUAAGGUUUUAUCAAUUAAUCAGACACCUAGCAGGAUAUCAAUGCGUCAACACGCAAAGGAAGUUUGUGAACAGAUUCAUAGCGUGCGGGCACCAAGUCAACCAACCAAUUAAAACUUUUAUUAAUCUGUGCGUGCGGGCACCAAGUCAAUCAAUCAAGCGCAACCUUCAGUGAUCUGUGAGCCACCAGGUUAGCUUAUUACUCAGUCAUUUAUUGGCUAACUGGCCCACUAAAGGAUAAAUGACACACGGAAGUCUUAUUAAAAGGAACACCUUUAACUGGAAUAACAGUAUUUGCCAGUAUUUUGAUUUGCUUAAAAUGCCUAUACUACUGGCAUCACCUAGAUGGGCUGCUUUACUAUUGAUCAACGGGGCAUAACUUUUUUAUGGGAGGCCACAUGGCCGAAUUGUCCGAACGCUGGACUCGUAAUUUGACGUCCAGAGGCCUGUUUCUCGAAAGUCCCAGUAACUUUUCGGGCCAGGAAGGUUGUUUUGUGUUUGUCGUGUUUCCAUUCAAGAUCAAUAAUUUUGAAAAUAAUACAACGAAACUAUCAGCUGACGAAGCAAAAUUGACUCGUUUAUGAGCUAGAAACUGUGCUACUAUCUGUACUAUUCAAAAGGAUUUAAAAUUUGCCUGAGGGCCCGAAAAGUUAUCGGGACUUUCAAGAAACGGGCCCCGGGUUCAAGCCCCACAACAUCGUAAAAUGCACUUAACAAAAUCCCCGAAAUGUUGGUAAACGGUAAACAAAUUUCCUACUAAGUGAAGUUAUUUAUUUACAAAAAGUUACUUUUUUCAGAUUUAUCCAACUGAUUUGGUAAAUACUAAAACAAGUAUCCCCCUUAGGGUCGGUGAACAGUGCUAGAUACAGUUAUAUACCGAGGUAUAUAUCCACCACUAUUCACCUCCCCUUUGGGGGAUACUUGGAUACUAUUACCCUAGUUAAACAGGUUUAUCUUUUUUUACCCUUAGCCGUGACAGCAUUAGCCCAGCCGGUAGAACGCUUGACUGCAGAGCGGAAGGUCGUGGGUUCGUUGUCCGGGACCCGACCAAUGCUCAGAGUCUUAAAAUAUCUGAGAAAUAAAAGUACUUCCUUUGUCGUGCAAGCGGCUAGGUCAUCACGUGGCUCGGAUGACCGCGUAAAAUGGUGCUCCCGUCUACAGUUGGAGACGGAAAAAUAGAGUUCCCAAUUAGUACUUUCGUGCCAAAUACACGUUGAGACUCAAAUAAAGCCUUUUUUCACGAUCAAUACAGGUAUCCCCUACAUGGAAGUUAUGAUUGCCAUGAUGGUUCUGCUAAAGGACACAUCUGGGACAAUAGUGCUGUUUGAGACAAUCGGAGGACCGCCAAUGUCUAAUCACGGGGACUGUGAGUGCAUGUUUUCAGUUUUCCUUACCUGAGACCGAGAAAAAAUUAAUAAGUCCGUUUAAUAGCGUCACAGUAGUAUCCCGUAUUAGGUCAAGGAGAAUAAUAGGCCACUACCGAGUUUCAAAAACCUUCACUUUCAAAAUGAGGCUAAGUGCACAACCUUUCUUGUGAAAAUGAGUUUUAUUUGCAUGAGAAUGAAAAAUGAUUUUCAUAUCAAAGGCUGAGCAUCUACCCUCGUUUUGAAACAGAGGCCCGGGGGAACUCGGAAAUGGCCUAUUGGACAGAGAGGCAAUCUUAGGACGUUGGCCGGGAUAUGUGAAUUUUUAGCGAUUGUAAUUAAACGAAAGUCCACUUCUAGAGAUGGUCGCACAGGUUAGCCUUCUUCAUUUUGGCUAUAGAAUUACAACAAAAAUCACAAGCUUUUCAUUUUAUGUUUUAGCCCAGUAUCAGCUAGAAGUAGAAAACGCAAGAAUACGCUGGUUUCAUCGAAACGAAAACGGUUCUACAGUGUUUAGCAUUGUAACCGAAGGACCGGUACUUUCAAAUGGCAAAUGGUUCCAUGUGGCCGCAAUGUACGAUGGUCUGCGAGGUAGUGCUAAGAUUUAUAUUGAUGGUAAAUUGAGCAAACAAGAGUCCGCGGAUCCUGGUGUAUUCCUGUCGCGGGACUGGUCUAAAUAUGCUGGUAGGUGGAAAUAAAUCUCAGAGGUCGAAAACCUUAGCUUAGUCAUUGAUCAAGAGAUAUUCCCUUUCGUGUAGAAAACAAAACUAACGUCACACCGUCGUAAUAAGACCAAAGCGCGCAACUUUGGAAAGAGGAAGCAAUCCAAUGAAUUGACAACAACGUAUAUUUAUCCACAUACACAGGGAUUGGUGAAUUUGGCGGUAGAGGUCGUUUAGAAGGCUUUAUAGAUGAGUUCUACAUAUACAACAAGACACUCGCUGAACCGGAACUCAAAACACUUAUACAAAAAUGUCAAGGGCCGAAGAGCACGAUGGUCUUGCAUUUGAGCUUUGACAAGAAAAGUGGUACCCAGUUUCUUGAUGAUUCAGGGCUGAUGAACCACGCCAGAAUGCCAGGACCACCUGCGGUGCCAGGCCAGCCGAUACCUCCUCCACCGCCUCGUAAGUAUUGCACGAACCACAUUGGUUACUUGUAAUUAUCUUGAAUUUGGUAGGUAAGCAGUUUCCUCCCUCUCACUGCAUUUCACAGAGCAGGAGCAAUAGCAAUAGCCAUGCGAAAAGAGAACCCCUCGAAACGCGCUUUUUUGUGCACUAGCGCACAUAGUGUGACUACUAAGAAGCCUAUAAAUCCCUAUUCCAAGAGAUUAAUUAACAAACGUUUGAUUUCGUUUCAAUUUUCUAUAGCUGCUAAGGGAAGUUGCGGAGAUGGCGUACAGCUAAGCGGCGGUCAAGCAGACGUGAAACUUGACGGCAAAACCUUUCGAAACAAGCCAAUUGAUGGCGUAACAAUAGCAUUAUGGAUAAACGUAACCUCUGUAAAUGGUGUGCAUUACUUGUUUGACACGAUCGGAGGACACUCGGCGCAUAAACAUGACCAGUAUCGGCUGACCAUUAAUAACGGAGCCGUAAGUUGGAGUCAUGAUGAUGAAAAUGACAAAGAGUUGUUUAAAGUGAUUACCGAUCCUAUAGUCACUGAGAGUAAGUCAUGUGCCUCAACUUGUUCUUUUCAAUAUAAAUGAUUUUAUCUUUGCUACUUCUUAACCAAUAACGACCAAACUGAGUGAAAAAUAGAAGAGUGGAGGUGGAUACUUACGGGCCUCGAAUGCAGAAAAUAAUUUGCAUAACUCCUGGCAUUAAGUGCUUGAUUCCUGACAAUGAACCACUUUUCACGCUGUAAGGACAGUUACAGGAAUACAUGUGGACACAAGAAAUCUUGGUUUAGAACACUUAGUUAUCAAGUACAUUGAUCUUAAAAGAUGGCUAGAUAUAUAUAUAUAUAACUGAAUCGCAUGGCAGGGUCUGUCGCCAUCUUGUGCGCAUCUUGAAUUGUUUACGGAAUAAAUCCUUGCAGGAAGCCUAAAAGUAUUACAGGUUCCUCCGGUAAUUCCUCUAGUUUUUGACUAUAAUGUUUGGUGACGUUCAAGCCUGCACCUUAUCAUAUCAAGGUUGCAUUAUCGAGUAUCUUAUGUCGGAACAUCUAACGAGAGAAGUAUCACUACUUACUGCUCUUUAAGACGCACCAACGGCAAACUCGCUAUUCCUCUUCCCCAUACAAACUUUAUGAAAAAUAGUUUCAGUCACUCUGAAGCUGUUCUUUGCAAUAGUCUUUCUAUUGAGCUGCGGCAGGUUUAACUCUCUUGGGGCCUUCAGGGCUGGCUGCAAACAAUUCUUCCAAAGAUCUUUCUAUACGGUACUUAUGUCAAGCAGGCUCUAAGUUUAACUAGGUUUCUUAACAUGUAAGUUAUAGUAGUUUUAGUUUUGUAUAGAAAGUGUUUUUAAGUGCUGAUGAGUUGACCGUGUUAGAUAAAGUCAUUCAUUCACUAGAUCAUUCAUAGAUUUAUACAAAACUCAGUAUAUUUAUUGUGCUUCUUAGAUCAGUGGAUUCACAUCGCAGUAACCUAUGGUGCUCAAAGUGCCCAAGCCAAGAUCUAUAUCAACGGAAACAUAAACAAGCAAGGGCCUGGGUCAGGAAGACUUUCAGAGGACUGGGACAGCUAUGCAGCAUUUGGCAAACACCAGGGAUCAGUGACUGACAUCGAUACAUUGGAUGAAGUGUACAUGUACAGCAGAGAGCUGUUACCAUUUGAAGUCAAAACACUUUACGACAAUUGUAACUUCGGCUCAGCUAAAACUCGUGAGUUAACACGCGUAAAAUACAGUGGCGGAUCCAGGCCUUCAGAUAACAGGGGGCCCGGUCAUCCAGACCCUGAGAUAAGGCGAGGGCGGUUUUAAAAAAAUUAUUUUUCGGCCCUUCGGGCCUCAGUUUGGUCUAGAAAUAAGGGAGGUCGGGCCCCCGCGCCCCUACCCUGGAUCUGCCACUGCAAUAAGAUGGUCUAUCCGAUGUCUUCAACUGAACUGAAAAUUUAAUCAUAGAUUCACAUUUAUUUCUUGCUUUCCUUUCGUUUUUCAAUUUACUCCGAAGUUACUGUCAUCUUUAACAUUUUUGGUUUAUCAUAGUAAUAUUUCUUAAUUCUGAUUUUAUUUAUAUUUUAAGAAUCGAUUGACGACAGGCUCCUGAUUGACGAUUACCACGAAAAUCCCCAAUGCAAGAAUCAACUUUAUCUCUUACUUGGGAAAGUUGCUGGAAACAAGCUUUUCCCUUCUUUUUUGUGAAAGAUAAAAACGAGGGAGGCCAUUAAAUUCAAACAAAUGUACCAUUAUUACCUACCCUACACAAUAAAAUAUAAGAAACGCAUCUCACGUUUUAUUUAUAUAUCCGGUGAGAGCAGUAAAACCACGAUGUCUUUCAGCUAAAAAAAUCGAUUUACAUCGUUGCUUCCUUGUCGUUUUAGCGAGCACGGGCCAAGUGUUCUACUUUGGGUUUGACCGCGUGUCAGGCAGUGCGGUGUAUGAUGAUUCCGGAAGCGGAAAUAACGGUGAGCUCACCAGCCUCGCCACUGUGACUAAGACCAGCGGGAAUUGUGGGAAUGGUCUUCAGCUACAUGGAGGUGAGUGAAAAUGAGGAAAUAAGGAAUUGAUAUUAGAAGGCGCCAAAACUGCGCUAUCUACUGAUAUUUUAUCUCAGUGUUAUUUAUGGUUUGAAGAAAGAUUCAGAAUUGAAUCAUCUUUUGGCGGGAUUUUACAGUGAAUAGAGAAGAAUUAUUCUAGCCUGGCCCCAAUUUCGUAUAUGGGUUGCUCACAUAAUUAUGUUAUGUAUUUAAAGGUAGAAAAAUACCCCAUUUGCCGGUGAAAAGCUGUACUUGCUAAAGCAAGUUCUUGUUCAAGAAAAAAAGGAAAUUAGAAGUAACAAACGGAAAAAGAAAUUAUGGUGCUAAAUCUUUCUAUUCAAUAUAAGAAUGGGCAUCUUAAGAAAAAGUCAAUGAGACAUUUCUUGUUCCCUAAUCUUGUUCCAUGAUCGCGCAAUUUUUCACCGGUAUCUUUCUUCAAAACAGUACCAUCAAAAUGAAUUUAAACCACUUUAACCGCUUUUUUAUUUGCUUGUUAAAUUAAAAAAUAUUAUCACCGAUUGAGCAGAAUCCUUUGUCAGGGGCCUAUUUCAUUUUUCAAAGAAACUUUUCGGGCGGUUCUGUAGAGUCUGUAAAUUACAGAUCCCAAAUUUCGGCUAAUACGAGGUCUUAACCAAACGUCAGAAGAAAAAAAAAAGGAUCUGAAGUAUUUUAAAAAUUUGUUAGGUAACAUUCUCAUCAACGGUCAGCUGGUGAAAAGGAAACCGCUGUUUAGUGUUACCAUAGCGCUGUGGCUCAAACUUGAUACCAAUCGUGGUCAACAAACUAUAUUUAGCACGUGCAAUCCGGACAAUCCGUGGAAUACUCGCGCCCAGUACUCACUUGAAAUCAUGGACGGGCGAGUGAGGUGGUUCCAUCGGAACGAAAAAUCGCAGGUAAAAAAAUAGUUUACUUUAUUUGUUGUUUUUGUUCUUUUUUGUUUUUGUUUUUAAUUUUUUUAUUAUUAUUACUAUUGUUAUUGUAUAGUUAAGGUGCAAGACCGCUACAAAAAAACCGUGUAAGAUCAAUCUUACUCAACGUCGGAUCAAAAAAAAAUCGCGAUCAGUGAAAUGAAAAGUAAUAAAAGUAUAAAUUUUUGUCAUAAAGAGAACGGCAAGGACUGAUCAAACAACGUGAAUAGACGGUAGUUACAAUAUUUCGUUUGGCCAAUACCAGUUAUCAUCAGGUUUAUUAAGAAGAUAACGAAUUCACAGAAAGGUAUAAUUGCCAUCAUCAUAAUCCUAAAUAUUAUUAAUAAUAGUAAUAAUAAUAAUAAUGUUAUUAUUAUUAUUAUCAAGAGAUAAUCUAUAGUUCACACGAGCGAGGAAACAAAAGCGCAAAUACAGGCACAAGAAAUCUCAUAUUUGAACUGCAACGAAGCAAACGCAAGCGCGUGCGCAUGCGCCAAAGUAAGUGUUGGGUAUACGAUCAGAAAUUGUUUGUCUUGAACAAGACAUUUACCUUAGAUGGCCCGGGUGAGUAAAUUAACUAUAGAAAAGAAAAACUAUUUCCAUUAUGCCCGCCUCGUAGCUAAAGGCGAAAAUAUGGAGUUAAUUGUAUUUAUUAUGAACGUCUGAAUUUUUUUCAGGCUAUUCAGCUGUAUGUGGUGAUCUUCUCUGCAUAUAUUUCUUCAUCCCUCAGUUCAAAUAUAUGAAAUUCAUAUAUUCAUUAUUACAUCUUCGUCUUACCUGGGUAUACGCCACUUGCACAUUUCACGUUUCUCUUGGGACGGCUGUAAUACCCGGGAGAAAUGAAAAACGAAUGUUAUGCAAAUUUUUGAGGGGCAAAUAAGGUGCAUUAUGGGAGCUGUGCAAGUGGCGUAUAUUACGAACCAAUCUGAUGACCAACUCCCAGUUGGCUUUCUAACUCAAUAGGCCACUUUCGAGUUCCAAAAACCCUUACUUUCAAAACGAGGCUAGGAGCACAACCUUUCUUGUGAAAAUGAGUUUUAUUUGCAUGAGAAUGAAAAAUGAUUUCCAUAUCAAAGGCUGAGCACCCACCCUCGUUUUGAAACGGAGGUCCGGGGGAACUCGGAAAUGGCCUAUUGGUUAGAGCGCUGCACUGGUAUCGCUGUGGUCAGGGUUCGUAUCCCGGCAAGCAUAGCUGAAUCUUUUCAGGCUUUCUUUGCACAACUGCAUAAGUUGCGUAUGUAACUGUGAUGAGGUUCUCUGCAUUUAUCUUCUUCAUCCCGCAGUUCAAAUAUAUGAAAUUCAUAUAUUUAUUAUUUAAUUUGUAAGUAUUAGUAAAAUGCUGGACAAGCUUGGAAUAAUUUCCACAGAUUUUCACCAAAAAUCCAUCAUUAUUUCUCACCUUACUGGUCACCAGGCAGUCAGGAAAUCCAGCUUUCCUUCUUGUUAAUAAACCAUUUGUAGUGAAAAGAGUAUUGAUUGAUAU